CUAUACUCCUUCUCAUGGACCCUCUUCGCUUACACCAUUAAACAUCGAGUCCUAGUUUGCUAUAAAUAUUAAUGUUCCCUUCACUACAGGUGGAGACGGACGGUACUCCGUUCGGGAUGAGCUUCCAGGAGGACUUGCACCAGGCGGACGCAGUGCCGACCCUGGUGACCGGAGGCACCUGGACCAUCGCAGGAGGCUGCAAGGGCUUCGUCAUCAUCGCCUCCGUCUUCUCCUCCGUCGAGGCCUUGCUGAAGAAGAUGCCGCGGUGGGCGGACCACCGCAUCCUCGUCAUCUUGAAGGGAAUCGGCUCCAACACUCUCCUCGUACCGAUAAUGGCUCCUAUAAGAAUAUUCCACGACGCAGAAGUAGCCAUCGUCGCCUCAACGGAUCUGACUACUGGCUACUUGCUGACGCAGUACAAGCGCUACUAUGUUCGUUUUCGCUCCAAUCCCAACUUCCCCUGGGAAAGGCUUAAAGGAGGGCCUAAAGAUUUCAAGGGAAGAGGGAUCUCUGUGCAAACUAGCAACUGUUCCAUGUUCUCCCAGAUCGGCCCGAUCAAUGAUGAUGGUAAACCAGCUUGGUUCGGAGGAGCGGAAAUGACCAUGUUCCGGGACAUAGCACAGCGCCUAAACUUGAGGCCCACGUUCAGCGCCGCCAAGUCCAUCCACGCCGGCUGGUUCAAGAGGUCGCUCACAGGAACGAAUGCGACGGACGUGGCCUUCUGCGGGAUCCUGGUCUCCUCGCGGACCCUGGACGUCGAGGCCAUCACCAGCUCCCAGCCGCUGGCGCUGCUCUGCCUGAAGUGGCUGGUGCCGCGGCCGCAGCGGGUCCACGACCAAUGGGACGAGAUCUUCGAGCCCUUCACCCCCCAGCUCUGGCUCGUCGUCGCCCUCGUCACCCUCUUCGUCACCUUCCUGCUCCAGAGGUUCACCACCGCCACGAGGAGAUUGGUAUUUACUAGGAAUAUAAAAAAAUAUGAACUGUUGGGGGAGAGUUUCCUUCAGAUCGUCGCGAUUUUGGUCUUAUCGGACGUGCCUAAGUCUGCUAAAGAACAAGGAGCCAUUCGUCAUAUACUCACAUGGUGGUCGAUUUUUACUCUUGUCAUGACAACUUCAUUCUCGAGCGGUCUCAUUUCCCACCUAACAAACAAGGAGUACACCAAAAAGAUCGAAACUAUUGAAGAGUUGAUCAAAAACGAUUUCAAUUGGGCAAUGAAGACCAGGCCAGAAUUCGGUGAUCUUAUAAACCUCAAGGAUACCGCACAGGUGAGAUGGAAGUACAGAUUUAUUAAAGUGAACAGUACCGAGGAACAUAUCAAAUUGAUGAAGAAGGGAAAGCAGGUGUUGUGGGGUUAUCAAGUUUAUGGAGGGUUCUCUUUGCCUGAUUCAGACUUACCAGAUGCUAUUCUACGAAAAUUCGAAGUUUCGUCAUAUUGUUUCAUGGAAUAUUUCAUUGGAUUCGCCAUGCGACAAGGUUCACCUUUCGAGGCGCCCAUCAACAGGUACAUCCGCUGGUACAACGAGGGAGGACUCAUCACCGCCAUCGUGAAAAGUGUCCACGCAGAGAGGUACCUCAAGAACCCGUACGUCUUCAACGUGCUGCGGCAGACGAAGCAGAGGCCCGGAGAAGCGGAGGGGCUGGAUCUGUCGCACCUCACCGGCAUCUUCAUCAUCUGGGCUAUCGGCACCGCAGUGGCGGUUGUUGUCUUCCUCCUGGAGAUUGCGCAGAAAUGUCGGGUCUAAAUAAAAGGUUUUAAAAUUAUGGGUUUCCAUAAUUUAAUAUUGUUAAUUACUUUUCCGUGAAACUAGAGAAUAUUUUGAAAACCAAAGUGGAUCCAAACCACUUAGAACACUGUAAAAAAUGUUAUUCCUCAUCGAUAUCAACAAUUUAGAUUAGAAGUUAAAAGGAGACCUUCGUAUUAAUAAAUUGUAUAUUCUUUAUUUUUAUAUUUACAUUUAAAACAAUUACAUUUGUAUGUUU